UUUUUAAUGAAUUACUGCUUUUCUAUCUGGAAAAGAUCAUAGCUUUUUGUUGAGUUAACAAUGACCACAUACAAGCUUGCUCCCACCCAGGAUUACAUGGAGUGACUAGAGUGGCCUCUUCAUAGUAAUACAUUACAAAAUAUAUUACUACUGUCACGCUCAGGAAUACAAUAUAGUUCAUUAAAGCCCACAUGUACAAUACGCAAGCUUAACCACUUGUGUAAAAUAGUGUUCAGUCUUUGUACUUUUGCUUCACGUAUUAUCCUUGAGUCACUGAAAACAAAACGCUAACCAUGGCUACUUUUGCCACUGUACCAUUAUUAGGAUCAAGUAACCCCUAUAUAUUUUCUUUAUGGGAACCAGUAACUUCAGUUUAUUGCCUGCUGCUUCUCAAGUUGCACAUUGUUUGAUCUCUGAAUAAUAAUCUCACACCAGUGCUGCUGGUUCUGUGAGGGACCUUGCCUCUCUGUGUCGCUUUUAUAAUUGUCCCCCAAUCAAGCACUCCUGCAGCUAUAAAAGAAUCCCCUUUUACGAGCAGCCAGCCAAGGGUAGCACUGGUCUUAAGAAGAAAGCUCAGCACAGCUGCGUGUAAAGUUACGUGUUACGUCAUCAACGCUCCCCACUCAUUCUACCUAUUGAUCCAGAUUUAUGGGAUAAUUCACUGUCUAUUUGGGUGGAUGCGAGCAUCUCCCUGCGCCAUAGAUGUGACCAAGCCAAAAUAGAUCAACGACAUCAUGGUCUGAGUUAGCUUGGAUGAUUAUUCUAGCAGUUCUUUAAGUUACUGUCAAUGUCUGUCUCUCACUUCUUUCUUUUUUCUUUUUCUUUUACUCUCCACGUUUCAGUCUCUUUGUCUCUCUUUUUCCUUCCCUCUUAAUCUGUCCCCAAGUCUUACUCGCGAUAAACACACAAUUUCACUCUUUCGUCCUCUAAAUUCUCUCCUCUUUGCUCUCUGUAAUGGGCUUUCUCACGAUCUCCUGCAGUCUCUUCCAUCUCUAUCUCUUCAAACUGGUCUUGCAAUCAAGAUCAAAAGACAGGAAGAGGGAUAUGCCCUCUCUUUGAGAAGGGGGAUGUGUGGUCUGCACCACCCACAUCUCUGGUCUGACAACCUGCACCUAAACAUUUCCUCUGAGCUAUAAUCUUGAAACAUAAUCUGGUCCAACCACUAUAAUUCACACAAGCUAUCCAGCAGACGCCAGUUUGUUGGAAGCUGUGAAAUACAGGAUGUACAUUUGGGCCCACUUUCUGCAGGGUGUAUGGAGUGUCUCUUGAAGCAACUACCGUAAGAUGUUUGAUGUGCGAGUUUGCAGUUUGGGGUGAAACUCGUAGGAGUACACUCCUGUCACAGAUACGGACUUGAGUGGAGGACGUUUUUGCUUCGUCGUGGUGGGUUAAAUUCAUGAGCCAUCGAAAUCACACAAAAAAAUCCCCUCUGAUUAAAACGAGGACCAUAAUAACCUCCAGCUAUUAUGACUUAAGACCAGUUACCUUUGCCGACAUAAGCCAGCCUUUCUCCUCCAACUGAGCAAUCCUGACAAUGGACAGACGUGUCUCCACAAGCUCGGAGGCUUGCGUGUCUGCUCUGGUAUUUGGGUCUGCAUGGUGCGGCCACGUUAUGGGAGGCCCCUGUCCAAGAAGCCCCUCCGAUUCCUCCAUUUUAUGAGCUUGAUCACGUGACUACAAUGACCACAACCCACCACUCUCCACUGAUGACUCACUGGCACUGGCAGAAAAGUAGAUCUACCACAGAAGCUGUCCACUGUGACUAACGGCAGUCCUGCUCCCUACUGUUUCAGGAAAAUCAUAUUUUCCAUAGGUUUUAUAGAAAAUGAAGAUCUGGAUGAUACAUGAAGAGAACACCGCAGUGAUGCAUUGGGAUUUAAAUCCAUUCGGGUGUACUUUCAAGAAAGCAGAGCAAGAGAAGGAGCCGGCCUACUGGAACUCUCAGGCCAAGGAGACCCUACAGGCAGCGCUUAAGCUCCGCCCCCGGGCACACCGCGCCAAGAACAUCAUCCUCUUCCUGGGGGACGGAAUGGGGGUGUCCACGGUGUCAGCCGCGCGAAUCUUGAGGGGCCAGAUGGAGGGCCACCUGGGGGAGGAGACGGUGCUAGCCAUGGACAGCUUCCCUUACCUGGCCCUCUCUAAGACGUACAGCGUAGAUAAGCAGGUAGCGGACAGUGCAAGCACGGCUACAGCGUACCACUGUGGGGUGAAGGCGAACGCUAAAACGCUGGGCCUCAGUGCUAAAGCUGUAGCCUAUGAGUGCAACACUACCUUUGGCAAUGAAGUAUUCUCUGUAUUACGGCGUGCCAAAGCACAAGGUAAGUCCGUUGGCAUCGUGACCACUACGCGCGUCCAGCACGCAUCCCCUGCAGCCGCCUAUGCACACUCGGUGAGCCGCAGCUGGUACAGUGAUGCCGACAUGCCCUCCAGUGCCCGCAGACAGGGCUGCGUCGACAUUGCCACCCAGUUGGUCACCAACAUUGAUAUUGACGUGGUGCUGGGUGGGGGGAGGAUGUACAUGACUCCUAAAGGAACUCCAGAUCCAGAGUACCCUACCUCCUCUUCAAGGAAAGGAGAUCGCAAGGACAAGAGGAAUCUCAUUGAUGUCUGGCUGAAUGCCCAAAAGAACAAGAAAUCACAGUAUGUUUGGCAUAGAAAACAGUUUGACGAGGUCAAUGUGAAAACAACAGACCGGCUCAUGGGUCUCUUCGAGCCCAAGGACAUGCGCUUUGAGGUGUUCCGGAACAUCUCUCGAGACCCCUCCAUCGUGGAGAUGACAGAGAAGGCCAUCCAGAUUCUCAGCAAGAACCCUAAAGGCUACUUCCUGUUUGUGGAAGGAGGGAGAAUCGACCACGGGCAUCACGAUGGCAUUGCCAAGCUUGCGCUAACUGAGACAGUGAUGUUUGACCAGGCAAUUAGGCGCGCCUCGCGACUCACCAAGGAGUCUGACACUCUCACCGUCGUUACGGCGGAUCACUCGCAUGUUUUCACCUUCGGAGGAAACACCCAACGUGGGAACCCCAUCUUUGGUCUGGCACCAAAGCAAGCGGAAGACAAGAUGCCAUUUACAAGCAUCCUGUAUGCCAACGGUCCUGGUUAUGUGCAUGUGAAUGGUACCCGAGGAAACAUCACUCUGGUAGAUUACUAUGAUGAGGAGUACAUGCAGCAGGCUGCUGUACCCCUGGACUCUGAGACCCACGGAGGGGAAGACGUGGCCAUUUAUGCCAAGGGCCCCAUGGCCCACCUUUUCCACGGGGUCAAAGAGCAGAACUACGUGGCCCACGUCAUGGCCUACGCCGCGUGUCUGAAACCCUACACUGACUGCCCCCCCAAGACACCCUCGUCCGAGGGACACGCGCACCCCUUCUCCAAGGCACUUCUCAGUCUCAGCGUCCUCCUGUUGCUCCUGUUUAGAUGACUGCGCACACACACACACACAUAAACACACACACACGCUCUCUGUCUCGCACGCACGGCUCAAUGUGGGAGUGUUUCUUUACAAAAAGGUACUCUUACACAAUCAAUUGUGAAAUGGAAGUUCCAGUGUAUCAUUCAUCUCAAAUUGAUGAAUGAAUAGCAGAUGACUGAGAAGUGUGUCUGGUUAACAGACAACAUUUUAAUCAUCAUGACUCAUUACUGCAGUAAACUUCUCCCAUCUGUAUCAUUGAAACUUCUUUUUCAAGAUAAUGCUCUUAGUAGUUGAUCAGAUGGACCUGCAUCAAAGAGCACAUAUCACAUUGUUUUUGUUCGGAAAUGUUUUUAAACACUUGCUCAUAACUGUUUCACAAAGCACAGUUUACAAGAGAAAAUCACGUUUACCUCAGCAUUGCAGAAGGUUGAUGAACUUUUGUUUACGGUCUUUGAAGCUUGUGUGCUGACCUCUGUGUCACCAACUUCAUGAAGCUGUCUUCUUCAGAUUGUACAUGCAUAUAUAUGCCAAUUAGCUUUAGACUCCUUUUCUAUGCGGGCGUUUUUUUUAUUAAUGUAUUUUGUAUGAACAUUUUUAUUGUGUAUUUUUAUACCAUUUGUUACCGAAUGUUUUAGUGUGUAUAAAAUGUAAAAACUAAAACAUUGUUGGCAUCCUGAUUCCAAAAAUGUAUUUAGUUUACUCAAGGUAUUCCUCAGGCUACAUUACUAAUUCAGAAACUGACUAGAGCAUCUUUUAUGAGCAGUAAUAGAGUACAGAGUACAGAUUAUUAUCUAAUCAGCAGUAUAUACAAUUUAUAAUGUGAAUUUGCAAUGACAAGAACUCCUGAUUUAAUGGUUUAAUGGUUGAUUGCUCUGGAAGAGUGCUUUAACAUCUGAGUCAGGCAUCAUAAACAAAACACCAAAUGUCAUAAAUGUAUUCUGAUGCACACAGUUACUGAAGAAAGGUCAACUACUCUGUUGAGAAUUUAGCACCCUUGCAGUUUACUCAAGGUAAUCCUCAGGCUACAUUACUAAAUCAGAAACAUUUCCUGCCUAAACCAUCUUUUAUGAGCAGUAAUAGAGUACAGAGUAUUAUCUAAUCAGCAGUAUAUGCAAUUUAUAAUAUGAAUUUGAAACAACAGAAACUCCUGAUUCAAUGGUUUAAUGGUUGAUUGUUCUGGAUAAGUGUUGGAGUGCUUUAACAUCUGAGUCAGGCAUCAUAGACACAACACCAAAUGUCAUAAAGAGAAAAAAAACAUGGAGCCAAUAGAAUAUCUCAUUGUGUAAGCUUGACAUUUCCUGGUCACAAAUAUGCAAACUGAAUCAGCAGAUACUGAAAUCUUAUAAUAAAUGGGCCAAUGUGUGUUACCAAUGUGUCUGUGAAAGCUGUGUAUAGAUAAUGUAUGUAGAUAAUAAUAAUCAGAACAAAUUGGUGUGCCACACCAACAAUCAUACUUGAUUAGUACAAUAAAACAUAUUACAAUUGCUUUAACAAAUGUAUUUUCGUUAAUAGACAAUGAGAAUGAAUUCAUAGUUAAUAAAUCUAGUUAAUAACUCUGUUAAUAACUUAACAAUUAAGUUAUGAACUCAUAGAUAACUUAAGUUAUCUGCCAUACAGCAAUUUGGUGUGAUCACUUACUUCAGUUACCACCAGUUGUUGUUUUUAUCAUUCAUUUUCCAAGAAAAAGUGCACAGUAUUUUAAGGAGCACAUUUUUAACAAUGCACUAACUGGCUGACUCUGCAGAUUCCCAUUGGCUACUUUUUAAUGUAUUACUUUAACGACCACAUGACCACCUUUAUUGGGAACUGUCACUUUAAAUUCAACACAGGCCACACAAAAUUGAAUUUAAGCAAAAUAUUCACAAUUGUCAAGCAAAGUAUCUUACAUGUAAUCGUAAUAUGGUAAAAGAAUGUCCAAAAUGCAUGUAGGUUUGCUUACAGCACACAAUGCUUAAUCUGUGUCUGUCAAUCCAUGUAGUUGGACAGCCUGUAUAGUUUUCUUCCUACACCAAUACUUCCAUCAAUGCAUUUGUGAAGAAUGAAUGAGGAAUGAUCUUAGACGGAGUGGUUAUGCCCUAUAAAAUUAUGUUUUGUCAUGACCUUUCAUCGUCCAAUUGU